CAACAACGCCCAGGCCCGGCGCGUUCCCAGGGCAGGACAUCCCCUUUCGUGUUCUUUCCCAACAUUCGCUGCAGCCGCGCGCCGUCUAACAUGUUUGCACUGCCGUGCAUGGUUUCCACGUGGAUACCGAGGCCUUGCAGAUUCACGAAGGUCAUGUGGCAGUGUUGGCAAGGCACGCGGGGUUCCGGGGCCAGCGAUGGGAAGCUGACACUGGACACAAGCUCUUCGACACCACCGCGAGCCCGCACAAUCUGUUCGGCACGGUGAAAGGAGAGCAGAAUUGUCGUUCAGAUAGGUCUUCUUCUUCAGCGAGAGUUAUUAGUGGCGUACGUCAUCAAAGUGCUGUUGAUGUGGCGCGGUCGACCUUGAAAAGAGCUAAGACACUGCUGGCAUUCGGACGUGGUGGCCCGUGUUCAUGAGUACCAACCCAGACG